UGUGAAUGAGCCGAGUGUAAACAAACUCGGCUGCCACAACCUGAGCACCACGAGUCCGUCUCCAAGACAGACUAAGGAGAUCCCAGCCUCUUUUUAUGGACAUAAUUAAAAGCACGAAUGUAUUCUAAUCAAAUAAUCGCCAAAGAAAUUAGUCUAGCAAAGACGUGUCAGUCGCCAUAACAGGCGUAUAUCUGCCUGUGGCCCGUACAAUAGGCCUAGUAUAUUAACAUCAAAUAUGUCUCGGCUUAUCAUUAAGAAUCUGCCAAAGCAGAUUACGGAAGAUGAUAUCAAGACACAGUUUAGCUUGAAAGGCAAUAUAACAGAUGUCAAACUGAAGUAUAAGAAUGGAGAAUUUCGGAGGUUUGGGUUUAUAGGUUACGAGAAGCAUGAAGAUGCACAAGCUGCUUGCAAUUUUUUUAACAAUACCUUCAUAAAGCAGUCCAGAGUCACUGUUGAAAUUUGUCAAGAUUAUGGAAGUGAUCAGAAACCUGUUUCUUGGUCAGAAAAGAACAAGCAACGUAAAAGUAAGGAUGAAAAGAAGCUUCUCGAUAAUGUCACUGAGAGUGAAAUUGAUGCUAAAAAGAAAAAUAAGAAAGACAAACAGAAAAGCAGUAAAGUGUCUCUGAAGGAACAGUUGUUGGAGCAAUAUGAGGCUGAUCCUGAAUUUAAGGAAUUCCUAAGCAUUGACGAAAAGGGAUUAAGUGAAGGAGCCAUCAAUGCUUCACAAGACACAAACAAUGAAAGUGUUGGAGAUGGAACAAUAAAUGUAGAAGAACAGAAUGAAGAGGGUGACAAGGAAAAAAAAUUAGCUUUUAAAAAGAAUAUUUCAGAUUUAGAUUAUCUCAAAAGUCUCAUGAAGUCCCAGCCGGAAAGCAGUGAUGAUAUCGAGGGCAAAAAAAUUGAAAAGGAAAAGAAAUGGAAGGAAUUUCAUACUGUUGUUAUUCGAGCUAGAGGAAUGUGCAAGUCCCAGCAAAACACUAGCCGAACAUUUACAAAGAAAAGCGUGAAGACGUUCCUCAAACCUCUAAAAUACAAAAGUCUUAGAAUUCCAAAGAACAUUCGAUUAGUAGCCUAUGUUGGCUUUGGAACUGAAAAGGAAAUGAAGCAGGCUUUGAUGAAAGAUAAAAGUUUCUUAGAUGGUGUUCAAGUACAUAUCAUGAAAUAUGAGAAGCCUCCUGAAAUGAAUGAUUUUUCACAAAAUAGUGCUCCUUGGAGUGCUACUGAAGAAAAAGUGAAGAAUGCAGAGCCUGUAGCUGAAUCGGGAAAGAUCUUCGUGCGGAACCUUUGGUACUCUAUUACUGAAGAUGACUUGCGGGAACUUUUUGUGAAAUAUGGAGAAAUUUCAGAUAUUAGUCUUCCUAUCUGUAAAUUCACCCGUCGCCCAAAAGGAUUCGCUACAGUGACCUUUCUGUUUCCUGAGCAUGCAGUCAGAGCUAUGACUGAAUUAGAUGGAACAACUUUCAAAGGAAGAUUGCUACAUAUUCUUCCAGGUGUUUCAAAAGAAGAGGAUGAGAAAUCUAAAGAGGGUAUGAGCUUUAAAGACAAGAAAGCUAAGGAGCAGAAAGCCACAGCUGGGUCAUGGCACAACUGGAACACCUUGUUCAUGGGUAGUAGUGCUGUUAUCGAUGUCAUGGCUGAGAAAUACAACAAAUCCAAACAAGAAAUCCUUUACUCAGAAGGCAAGCAGAGUGUGGCUGUCAAUCUGGCUCUUGGUGAGGCUCAAAUUGUAGAUGAAACUAAAAGGUUCCUAGAGGAUAAUGGAAUAUCUUUGGAGGCAUUUUCGAGUCCAGGCGUGCAGCGAUCUAGCACAAUAAUUUUGGUGAAGAAUCUCCCAGCUAAAACAACUGCCAGUGAAUUAUCAGAAAUUUUUGGCCGCUAUGGAGAACUGGGACGGGUAGUUUUGCCUCCUGCCGGUGUGUCUGGUGUUAUUGAGUACCUAGAUCCAGGUGAAGCCAAGAAAGCAUUCCGUAACCUUGCUUACUCAAAAUUUAAGUAUUCACCCCUGUACUUGGAAUGGGCUCCUAUACAAGUUUUCAAGACAGACUUUACACCCAAGCAACAGAAAGAAAACAUAGAGUCUCCAGUACCUUUACAGGAAGAAAAAGCAGAAGAGAAGGACCAAGAAACCACAGGUGACCUGCCUAACCCUGAGCCAAGUACCACUGUUUACGUUAAAAACAUUAACUUCGCAACUACUGAAGAAGUACUUAAACAGCAUUUUCAGAGAGUUGGUCCUGUUCACUCAGUGUUGAUAGCCAAGCGUCGUGGACUUUCUCAGGGUUAUGGGUUUGUUCAGUUCUUGAGAAGAACAGAUGCACAAAAGGCUCUUAGAAACUUGAAUGACACACCUCUUGAAGAUCACACACUGCAAGUUAAAUUGUCAGAAAAGACGCUGGUAACCGAGUUGAAAAGUACAAGAAGAAUGCAUGACAAAAGGGAGCAGACAUCUUCAAAAAUAAUGGUGAAAAAUAUUCCUUUCCAAGCAACACAUAAGGAAGUCCGACAAUUGUUUGCGACGUUUGGCGAACUUAAAUCUGUCCGUUUGCCAAGUAAACCAGGAAGCUCCGAGCACAGAGGGUUUGGGUUUGUUGAUUACAUUUCAAAAGAGGAUGCCAAGAAAGCCUUUGAGGCCCUUGGGUUCAGCACUCACUUGUAUGACCGCCGGCUGGUACUAGAAUGGGCUAAAGACGACGAGUCGGUUGAGGAACUACGGAAAAAGACAGCAGAGCACUUUCUUGCUGCAGGCCCUGCUAAAAAGAAAACAAGACUUGACCUGGAUCCAAAGGCAACAUAUGACAAUGAUGAGGACUAAGACGGGGAAGGAGAGACUAUUGUGAUAAUUUAUAACACCGGUGUAGGAGUUACAAUGUUGCCCCCACACGAUGACUCUUAUAUACAUACUUGCAUCUCUUAAUGAAAGCAAAAAGUGCUGAAUUUUCAUCAUUGUUUAGUAUGGCUGAAUUUUUAUACUGUAACAGAGCAUAUCUAGAUAUUUGUUAGACCUUUAUAAUUACUGUAUAGUGGUUUAUUAUUAACCCUUUAACUGCGCGGCUUAUAAAUAUGACACCCCCCAGUGCGCAGGAAAUAAAUUAUCUUGAAAAAAUAA